AUGGCUACCCCUAGUGUCCUCACUUUUGACGCUGAGGGUCGGGCCAUUGACUUUGAGGUCUGGGUAGACGACCUGCAGCUGUUCUUACAGUGCGAUAGGGCAGACGGCCUCUCUCUCUUUGACCUUACCUCUGGCGCUUCCCCUGCCCCUGCUGCUGAUGCUGACGCCACUGUUCGCUCCCAGUGGGCCACGCGCGACGCUGCUGCACGUCUUGCUGUGCGUCGCCACCUCGCUACCUCCGAGCGUGCGCACUUUAGUCAGUACAAGAGUGCUCAGACCUUGUACGACGCUGUAGUCGCGCGCUACUCCUCCCCUGCCACUGCUGCACUGAGCCUCACUCGCCUCCCUGACUCCCUUCGAGUAGUCGGGGACCACUUUCUCUCAGUUUGUCCCACCACACUCACUGUCGACCUCCUCGAGAAGGCCCUCCUCGCGAUAGAGAAGAGCAUAGUCGCUGUAGGAGCCUCUCGAGGUGACCUGCGCACCCCCAUCUUUGAGGGGUGUUCUCCCUCCUCCCUACUGCCCUCUGUUGCCUCUGCUGCUGCGGCCGACCUCUUUGGUCUUGAGUCGGUCGGUGCGGCGUCUGCCCCUAGCGGGAGACGCCGCCCUGGCAAGGGCAAGGGGGGCAAGGGAGCUGGAGGAGCGGGCGGUGGCGGUGGAGGUGGAGGCGGUGGGGGGAGUGGGGGUGGCGGUGGGAGUGGAGGUGGGGGUGGGGGGGUCGGUGGCGGCAGUGGAGGCGGAGGCGGAGGCGGCGGCGGCGGUGGCGGUGGGAGCAGAGGUGGCGGAGGAGGCGGCGGUGGAGGCGGCGGCGGAGGCGGCGGCAAUAGUGGAGGCAGCGGAGGCGGUGGAGGCGGUGGGGGUGGCGGUGGAGCUGGUCGCGGGUCUGCGCAGAGGAGUGGCUCCGGUGGUGGCUCACGCCAGCAGCAGCAGCACGGUCGUGAGACACUAUCCCCUCAGCAGCUCCGUGAGUGGUGCACUGCACGCUCGCGGGGUGGGGGUUUUGGUCCGUGCACCUACGUUCUGCGCACCGGCGACCGUGCGGGUGAGCAGUGUGGGGGUGCGCACCCCACCCAGCGCUGCUUUGGCCGCCUGACGGACGCGUGGCGUCAGCAGUUCCCGGAGGCCUCAGAGAUCCCUCGCUGGGGCGAGCUGUCUAGGGCGGGUGUUUCCAUCUUUGAUCUUGACUUUGAUGCUAUUCUCUCUGCCAUGUAUGCUGUGUCUUUUAGUGAUGAGGGUGACUGUUACCGGUGUUUCCCACCUGAUCCGGGCAUUGAGUCUGCUGCUCUAGGUACUGGUGCGGCUGCUGCCCUAGGUGCUUGCGACGCUGCUGCUCUAGGUGCUAGUGUAUCUGCGUCCUCAGGUACUGGUGAGUCUGCACUCUCAGGUACUACGUCGGCUUCGGCCUCCCUCGCCUUCACCCUUGACUCUGGAGCGUCUCGCUCCUUGUUUCGGGACCGCACCACACUCACGCCGCUCAGUCGGCCGGUUGCGGUGUCUCUGGCUGACCCCUCCGGGGGUCCUGUACUGUCUCGCUUCUCCACAAUCCUCCCGUGUCCGGCGGCUCCCUCUGGCACCCUGUCUGGUCUCUACCUCCCCUCGUUCUCGACGAACCUGGUGAGUGGUGCUGACCUACAGGAUGCAGGUCCGGGGUCGAGCCUGUACACUCUGACCACUGCGUCUCCUCCAGUUGCUGAGUCUGGUAGGGUAGCUGCGUCGGGUCAGGUGUUUGCUGCGGCGUCCAGGUCUGGUCCUGAGUCUGCCCCCGGAUUGUGUCGUCUCCUGUCUCACGAGACUCUUCUCUGGCACCACCGCCUUGGCCACCCCUCUCUGCUUCGGCUCAGAGGCAUGGCCUCCCGUCUUCUUGUUUCUGGUCUCCCCCGGUCCCUCCCUCCCCUUCCUCAGGGCCCUGGCCCUGCCUGUGUCCCCUGUGUCGAGGGGCGCCAGCGUGCUGCCCCUCACUCCUCCCAGUUUCCUCCGACAGAGGCCCCGUUGCAGACACUUCACAUGGACGUGUGGGGCCCAGCCCGCGUCCGUGGACAGGGUCACGAGCGCUACUUCCUGCUCGUUGUUGACGACUACUCGCGUUACACCGCAGUCUUCCCCUUGCGCAGCAAGGGUGAUGUCACUGCGACCUUCACGCUUCCAGACUCCCCGCAGCAAAAUGGGAUUGCUGAGCGCCGCAUUGGCAUGGUCAUGGACGUCGCUCGUACGUCCAUGAUGCAUGCGGCUGCCCCCCAUUUUCUGUGGCCGUUUGCGGUGAGGUACGCGGCGCAUCAGAUCAACCUCCACCCCAGGGUCUCCAGGCCGGAGACCUCCCCAGCCCUGCUGUUGACGGGGAAGGUUGGCGAUGCGUCGACGUUCCGGGUCUGGGGAUCUCGGGCGUUUGUCCGUGACUUGUAUGCGGACAAGCUGUCCCCUCGUGCUGCUCCUUGCGUCUUCCUGGGUUCCCCCCUGACGCGCCUGGGUGGCAGUUCUACCACCCCACCUCUCGACGUGUUCUGUCCUCCCAGGACAUUACGUUUGACGAGUCGGUCCCCUACUACCGCCUCUUCCCCUACCGCACUCCGUCCCUCCCCCCACCCCCACUCUUCCUUGUACCAGGUAGACGCAGUCGAGCCUGUCGAGGUCACUGGUGACUCUGGUGCUGCUGGGGGUGCUGGACCUGGGGGUGCUGAGCCUGGGGGUGCUGAGCCUGGGGUUGCUGCGUCUGGGGGUGCUGAGCCUGGGGGUGCUGAGCCUGGGGGUGCUGAGCCUGGGGGUGCUGAGCCUGGGGGUGCUGAGCCUGGGGGUGCUGAGCCUGGGGGUGCUACGCCUGGGGGUGCUGAGCGUGGAGGUGCUCCGCGUGGAGGUUCUCCGGGUGCUUUGUCUCGCCGGGAGCCACUCUCUCCACAGGAGCUGCGCGAGUGGUUUGCGCGGCACUGGCGCCGUACUGCUGGUGCUGGAGGUUCUUCGGCUGCUGAGGGUGCUGCAGUCGCGGGUCCCGGAGGUGCUCGUACUGGGAGUACCGGAGUUGCUGGGCCUGCGGGUUCGACUGGAGGUUGUGCUACUGAGGGUGUUGGCGCUGAGACUACCGAUGGCGGUCCUGCUGGGGGUGCUCCUGGUGCUGCUGGAGGUUCUAGAGCUACUGGAGGUGCUGCUAGAGUGGGUGCUCCUGCUGCAGGUACUGGUGCUGUCCCUGCUGCUUCAGGCGUCGCCACGCGGCCUCGACCGUACUUUGUUCCACUCCUGCAGCAGCGUCGUGAGCCUGCGUCCCGCCCUGCGUCGCCUGUCCGUGCUACUCGCACUAGUGGUGGCAGUUCGCGUCAGCGUCCUCCUCCUGUCCCUAGCACGCACCGGAUGUCUCUGCGUCCGUCCACUGCUCCUCUGCGUGCCCCUUUGCCUUCUCCUCUUGAGUCCUCGCUUCGUGCUCUUCCCGACCCGGAGUCGGACUCUCUUCGUGCUGCCAGUCCUACUGUCACGCGUCUCCGUGCUACUGUUGUCACUGACCCUUCUUUUGAGUCUACUGCUGCGUCUGCUCUGGUUGUUGAGCUCGUCGACUUUGCUGCUCGCUGUCGCUUAGACUACGCUGCUAGUCUUGUCGCUGAGUCUGAGUCUGUCUGUCCUUUGUCCGUCGGGGACCCGGAUGCACUUGACAUCCCGACUCCGCGCUCUUACGCGGAGGCGAUAGAGGGUCCCUACUCCUCUCCGUGGCAGGCAGCUAUGGAUGCAGAGAUGGCUUCUUGGAAGUCCACAGGCACCUAUGUUGACGCUGUCCCCCCUCCUGGGGCGAACAUCGUCAGUGGCAUGUGGAUCUUUAGGGUGAAGCGGCCGCCGGGUUCUCCGCCUAUCUUCAAGGCGCGUUACGUGGCUCGAGGCUUCACUUUCUUGAAGGGCAGCCUGCACGAGGAGAUCUGGCUGCGCUGCCCACCUGGCUUCACUGGGUUGUUUCCUCCUGGUACCCAGUGGAGCCUCCGGCGCCCAGUCUACGGUCUCCGCCAGGCGCCCCGUGAGUGGCACGACACACCGAGUACUACACUUUUGGCUCUUGGGUUUGCUCCUUCUACAGCCGACCCUUCGCUGUUUCUGCGCACCGACACCUCUUUGCCGCCGUUCUACAUCCUCGUGUACGUCUAUGACUUGGUCUUUGCCACUGGUGACACUGCUGGACUCGCCCACGUGAAGUCCGAGCUGCAGAAGAGACACACGUGCACAGACCUGGGUGAACUGCGCUGCUACCUUGGCUUGCAGAUCACCUGGGACAGAGCACAGCGCACCAUUACCCUGACUCAGUCACACAUGGUGCAGCAAGUCCUUCAGCGCUUCGUCUUCACGUACUCCUCGCCUCAGGCCACUCCUCUGUCUACUCGCCACUCGCUCUCAGCUCUGCCUUCGGAUGAGUCCGUAGAGUCGAGUGGCCCGUACCUAGAGCUUGUUGGCUGCCUCAUGUACCUGAUGACCUGCACACGACCUGACCUUGCAUACCCUCUUAGCAUCUUGGCACGCUAUGUUGCUCCUGGGAGACACCGACCAGAGCACAUGGCUACAGCGAAGAGGGCGUUGCGCUACGUGUGCAGUACGUCGGGCAUGGGGCUAGUGCUUGGAGGGCGACGUCGAGUGGUCCUCACAGGUCACGCAGACGCUUCUUGGGCUGACGACCAGGCUCUGCAGCGAUCGUCACAGGGUUACACCUUCAGCCUUGGUUCCGGCUCUGUUUCGUGGCGAUCUACCCGCUCGUCUUCUGUUCUCAGCUCCAGCUGUGAGGCUGAGAUCUACGCAGGGGCCAUGGCUGCAUAG